GAGGAUGUGUGGAAGGAAGUUCCAAAGGAGAUUAAGGCACUUGCCGAAGGCACUAAUAAAAAUAAAAGGAAGGAAGUGGAAGAUAAAAACUACUGUAACGGUCUCUCGGAAGGGAAAGGAAAGGAUGCUUGCAUCCUUAUAGCAGCAGGAUUAAAAAACCUCUAUGACAUCAACGAGAGCGAUGCCGUCGAUGUAUCGUUCCAAAGAACGAUGCAGUGUGUUUUAUUAAAUGCCAUUGCAGACAGAUUAGAGGACGAAAAAUUUCCCUGUACGGAUGAGAAGAAUGUAAAGAAGGGGAUAGAACAUGCUUUCGGGAAGAUUGAUAAUAUUAUGAAUGGCAGUAAGUGCAGUGGUAAUGAUAAAUGUUUUAAGUGUCCCAGGGUUAAGAACUAUGAUAAUUGCGAAAUUAAAACAGAUGGGGGUAGCGAAGAGAAGUUAAAGGACAAAAUUAACCCGAAGGUGGAAGCAGAAUAUAAUGAAGAUAGCACUACUAGUACUAGUCCCUUAUCGAAGAAAUCUCUAACUACGACCAUAUGUAAGUAG